AUGUCUAAUCUGCGAUUCCACAAAGUUUACAAGAGUAAAUAUGAUGGAGAAGAUAUUUUACGUAUACCUGAGGAGACGGAGUUUCCUAGUGGUCUAAGGUUACUACAUUGGAAGGUAUACCCUAGCAAGUGUCUUCCUCUCGGCUUUUGCCUGAAUAAUCUUGUGGAGCUCAAAAUGCGACACAGCCACCUCGAAAAGCUCUGGGAAGGAACUCAGGCACUUGCAAAUCUGAAGAGAAUGGAUUUGUCCUGGUAUUUUAACUUAAAGGAAAUCCCGGAUUUUUCAAAUACUACAAUGCUCGAGAGUUUGGUACUGUGUGGUUGCAAAAAUUUGGUAGAGAUUCACUCAUCUGUUGGGAGUCUUCGCAAACUCGAGUUCUUUCAGAUGUGUUUCUGCUCAAAGCUACAAGUUGUUCUGGCUCUGUUCAAUUUGGCACCUCUCGCUUAUGUUGGAGUGGAAGGGUGCUCACAACUGAGAAACUUCUCAGAUAUUUCCACGAACAUCAGAACACUCUCAAUCGCGGACACAAUGUUAGAAGAACUGUCUAAAUCAGUAAGGCAUUGGUCUGCCCUCCAGUCACUCGCUCUCUACGGAGACAGCGCAAACAUUAAGAGAAUCGAGAGAGUUCCUGAUUGUUUCAAAGAGUUGCACGGGUUAGUAUGGAUUUGUGUAGCUGGAUGUCCAAAACUCGCAUCACUGCCAGAGCUCCCCGCCUCACUCAAAACACUGAUAGUAAAAUCCUGUAAAUCAUUGAAGACCGUGUCUCUGGAUUUUGACUCUGAACUAAGCUGCAAUAUCACCAACUGCUUCAAAUUGGGUCGAGAAGCGAGGAGAGUAAUCCAGCAAUCAUUGCGGGCAUGCCUACCCGGAAGAAAAAUACCUGCCAAGUUUGAUCACAGAACUAUUGGAAACUCCUUGACCGUCCGGUCAGAUUUCAGAGAAUUUUGGUUUUGCGUUGUGGUUUCCCGUAAACAAUAUAUUGGAGAACUCAAUCCCGAGUUUUUCUGUCGCAUUCGCCUUGAACAGGAGAAUGAGAAUAUGUUUGAGUUCAUCACAUGCCAGGAGCUUGAUAUUAUUGCAUGUGGUGUCCAGAUCAUGACGGAGGAAAGCGAGAGAAGAAGAAUGAUUGAGUUCGAUGAAGCCAGCAAAGCCUCUCAAGACUCAAGAAAAAGACUAAUCUGCGAUUAG